GGAUUAGUCUGUAAACAAGCCUGAUCAGUUAUACAUUGUGUUCGAAUAAAUUUUUUAUCAGUGGGCUUGGAUAUUUCUUCUUGUUUGUAAUGAAAAUGUCAUUUCCUAAUGAUCGAGGUCCGUGGGACACAAGUAACGGUCCAGAUUAUCCAGGAUAUCCUGCCGAUAUAAAUGGAUACCCAGGAAUAUGGGAUCCACAUCACUGCCUUUCAGCUCCAAACAGUGCAUUAAGUGGAUAUCCAGAUAUUUUGACAGCAUUUAAUUCUGAUUUAGUAUGGCAAAGACAGCAAUGCGGUGGUUUAGUCCCUAAUCGUUUAGGGCGAAACGGUUCUUCAAAUGGUACACAACAACCAAAGAAGACUCGAAGAAGAGUUGCAACGAUCGCUCAAAGAAGAGCCGCCAAUAUCAGGGAACGAAGAAGAAUGUUUAAUUUGAAUGAAGCAUUUGACAAACUACGUAGAAAGGUACCAACAUUUGCUUACGAAAAACGUCUGUCUCGUAUCGAAACACUUAGACUUGCUAUCACUUACAUAAGUUUUAUGGCGGAACUUCUCCAUGGGCAUCCUCAAGAUCAUAAAAAUUCAGAUAUUUACCCACCGAGGGAAUACAUUCCAUACGGCUUGAUAAAUUAAAAUUAUACACCUGUAAUUAUUAUAACUUAUUGUAUGCUUGCGCAAUAACUGUUUCAAUGUUAUAUUCCGUAAAAUCUAUUGAUAAUAUGAAUUAAAUCUCAUCAAAGUUGGACAACUUAUAUUAGACAAUAGAUUGAAAACCAUAGUUUAUCAUUUUCCAUUAUGUAGCUGAGGCAAAAAUUGAAAUAAUUACUAUUAUUUUUCAUGAUUUAAUACCGUAAUUGAAAUAAUUGUCUAAUUUUAUCCCUCGUUACGAUUGAUAUAAUUUACAGAAAAGCCAAAAUACUUUUUUAUUGCUAAUAUUUGAAACUACAUCAACAAGUGAAUUUAACUUGUUUACUUAUUAAUUUAGCUUCCAGCCUCGAGAUGGCAGUCGACUUAGAAAUCCCUGUAUUGAAAAGUCGGGAGAUGAGCGGUCGUUCCAAGAUUGAUUGGCCUCGAGCUAAGAAAUUAAUAGCGGCUCCAAUAGGACCUAACCUAAUAUAACCUAGUGAACCGGUUCUCCAGCCAUAUGGCCGAAUAACUCAACUGCAGCUAUACCCACCUUAUAAAAAUACUCCUUGUCCUACUGAAGAAUCUCUCUCUCUUUCUAUACGAGAAGCGUGCGAACCAAUGAUAUGUUUAAAUGAUCAACCAAUGGAACCAUAGAUAUAGUACUCUAGACCACUGAAUAUAUUUUAGGUUCGUUCCAACCCAUCAAAAAACCGUCCUCGGUACGGUAACGAUUCUGAGCAAUAGAGAUUACGUGUUCCAACCGACUUGGUAUCGAUUGUGCACCGUUUCCGGGACGGUCUUUUCGAUAUUUGGUUGAUAGCACGUUGUUACAGGAAUAAUUCUAUACAGACAGUUAAAUCGAGAAGGAAUGUCCUAUUAAAGUGCCGACGAUAUAUAUUUUCUCUCUGUUGUUUAAGUUGUACAUGCUCGAGAAUGCGCAAAACCGAGAUGGAGCUUCGGAGGAUCAAAAAACGUUAAAAUUCUUUCUUUCUUAGUCGGAACAGCUUCCACUUAUAGAAACUGUUCAUAUAGAAAUAUUACAGAUACAGUGAAACCUGGUUAAUUGGGAUCUCAAGGGACCAAGACAUAUGUACCAAUUAUUGAGGGUUUCCAAUGAUCCAGUUUUCCAAUUAAGCAGGUUUAAACUUAUAGUUGUCUUAUUUACAGAGGCCCCCGCUUACAAAGGUCGAAAUGUGCCGAUAUUCCAUUUUUAGAGGUGAAAAUGUUAAUAAAAAUGCGUAUUUUUGGUGUUAUGAAUUUAGUAUAGGUAUAAAUGUACAUACAGUUGAUGACUUAAAGUAAUCGGUUAUGUUUGUUUGUACUUGAUUGCUAAUUGCUGAAACCUAUUUCUUGAUAGAAUAAAUUUGAUCAAAAAUAUUAGAAUUAUCAAUAUUUGUCAUUUCGAAAUACUUGUGUAAAGUUUCUAAAGCUUCCAUUGCCUCACGCUUUGAAAUUUUCACUGGAGUCUCUUCACAGUCUUCUUCUUCUUCUUUCUUCUUCUUCUGUGUCCAAAGAAGAAUAUAUACUACAGAGUUCAUCGCGCGACUUUCCACUAACAGAAUCUGAUUAACAGAGGUAAUUUAAUGAAAAAGAACCGGAACCUCAUUGCAAUUCUCAAUAAUAGAGGUUUCUCAUAAUUAUCCAGGUCUCACUUAACCAGGUUUCACUGUAUGUAAUUUCUAUAUUGAAAAGUUCUGCCAAUUUUAGAAAGAAACAGCCUCUGGUCUAAGGUCAGUUUCACUAUGCGGGAAUUGGUGAAACGAGAUAAAGGAGUAGAGAAAUAUAGCGAUUGAAGGAGUACGAUACAAGAAAUUGAAACGAAACUUUCUUUGUAUCUUAUUCUAAUCAUAUGUGUACGAGUAAUACUCCUAUAUGGACAGUUCUUAUGGGAAAAAAACGUCUCUACAUUACGGUAUUCAUUUUCUCUCUCGUUCGAGACACUUUAUCUAUAUGCGCAUGCUUGAAAAUUCUCUAAAAUAUCAGCAGUGAGAAAAUAAUAACUAACUGAAGGGCUCGGAGGAGGAGAUUUUAAUAUUGGAACACGAAUUUUAUUGAAAGUGCAGUCUAGUAUUACUUUGUCUAUGAUAGAGGACAUAUAUGCUUAGGACAUAUAUUCAAAUUAUAGAAGUUAUAUGAAGGCAUUAACAUUUAUAGACAUACAUAAACAAAUAUGGUCUGUUUUGUUUACAUGACACAUGACACAUGACAGGACAGACGACGCCGCGAGCAAGCGCGGGCGCCAUUAGUUUUUUGAAAGCAUAGAAUAGAAAAGGACACAGAGUUCUCUCUCUCUUCUCUGACACAUGGGCGUUAUAGAUUAUGUUCAGACUUCCAAUGCAGAGACUUUAAAUAUGCAAAAAUAGGCAACUCGUAAUGAUCUUCUAAAUAAUAAACCAAAAUAUUGAAUAAUGGACUAUCAAUUAUUAUAAUAUAACAUAAUAAUUACAAAAUUUAAUUUACCUUACGAAAUAUGUACCUUACAAAUUACCAAAGAUGUGGAUUUCAUGUCAAAAACAAUUUUUUGAAAUGAAGGAUAGAAAUAAGUUAUGUGUAGAUGAUAUGUAUCAUUCAAUGCUUUAUUUGUUGAAAUAUAUUCAAUGAGUCUUCCUUACAUUGUACCUAGUUAUAUAAUUAUAUUUAAGAUAUGAAUAUUAAAGUAUGUUCAUAAAUAAA